AUGGCCAAGAAGCGGCGUGGUGGCAAGAAGGCAGCGGUCAAGCCCGGCGUCGGCGACGUCAAGCUCUAUGAAGACGCUCUCGCUCGCCUCCAGCCGCGUGUCCUUAGCACGCCCUUCCUCAUGUUCGACUUGUCCAUGCCCAUGGAGCCGCGCCUGCGCAUCGACAACGACGAGUGGCUCACCUGGCCCCUCGGCACGGACGAGACCAACCACAUCAUCUCGACGUUCGGCAACGGCUUUCUCCUCGGCCUUGUGCCCGCGAGCCGCCUGUCCUUCGAGAAUUCCGCGUGGCACGACGAGCUGGAGGGCCACGUCCGGCGGACGGUGCAAGACGCGUUCUUGUCGUCCGGGUCGUUUACGUUUCAGCUGGCGCACUUGGCGGUCGACGCCGCCGGCAGCCGCGAAAGCCUUGUGCCAGCGUCGCGCCCGCCCGGGACGUUUGCGACGCUCUGCAUUGCGCUGCCAGCGUGGCACGAGGGUGGGCCGCCGACCUUUGGCGACGCCAACGAGCCGUGGUACGAGGCGCCCAUGACCAAGGCGCGCUGCGUCGCCUUCCUGCCAAACACGCCUCUCGUUGUGCCCAAGGUCACGCUAGGUCGCUGCGCCAUGCUCGUCUACCACCUGAUCCGCGACGGCCCCGGGCAGCUCAUCCAGGAUACAGCCAAUGCGCUCGCCGCACUCGCGGCGCGGCCCUCGCCCAAGAUGCACGUCUUUGCGAAAGCGCUCACGAACGCGUCGGUGUGCUCGAGCAACCUCGCGCCGCUCGACCGCGCGACGCUGACCGCGCUCCUCACGUCCAAGGCGUACGACGUGGUGCUCGUCGAGCACGAGGAGGCCGACGACGGGUCGUUCACCGCAGGCAUCGCAUCGUACGCGCCGCCGCACGGCGUCGAAAUGGACGCUGCAAUGCACGACUGCAUCGACAGCCUCGUCAUCCAAGGCAUCCUCUUUGCCACCGACGAGCUUCCCGCAUGCAGCCUCGUCUUUUGGCCCAAAUCGUACCGCGUUCACAAGAUGAGCCUCGCCGUCUUGAGCCGCGCGAUUCUGGACGCAAGCCGUGGCACGGCCACCGAGCUCUAUGGGUAUGCCUCGGUCGACGACCUCAUUGUCGUCGUCUUGCCGCGCUUCGCCGGCUCGUGCCCCGACGCAGCGUCGACGGUCCUCGACAUGUAUACGGCCCUAGGGCUCCGCGGCCGCUUUAACAUCCUUGCGUACUUUCUCACAACGCUCUUUCAUCCGACGCGCGAGCUUCUCGAGGGCAUUGGCCGCCUUCUUGUGCAGGACAUUCGCGUCUUUGGCUGGCCCGCGAUGGCCACGCCGCUUCGCACGAUGGUCGGGCGCUGGGCGCUCACGUCGAGUACCGACACGGCGCAUGGCUACCGCCUCGUUGCGAGCCUUGCAGGCGUCGCCGACGACCCUGUGUGCGACGCUGUGACGGCGGUUGGGAUCACCGAUUGGAUCGUCGACGCGUGGACGUUCUUGGCCGACGGCGCGUUUGUGGCUUGCGCCCCCGACGACAUCAAGAGGGCCGCGACGUCGCUCAUCAAGCACCAUCUGCAGCUGCAAGCGUACGUUGCGGCGAGUUCGGUCCGCGGCCGGCUUCUCUAUCGCUCGCUCCCGGAUGUCGUCGUGGCGAAAAUUGCAUCGUUCCGUGGGCCGCGGUACAACCUCGAUGAUUGGCUCGAUACGGGCGCGCUCUCGACGAUCCAUGACGUGGCACCGGCGCUGGGCGUUCUUCUGCAGCAAGGGCAUGUCGCCGUCGUCGCGCCGUAUGCAGAGGCCGUCGUCGAUGCGUUUGAUGCGGGCGACCAUGGCGACGACGCCGGUCUCUCAGUGCAUGAGAUUGCGAGCCUCUUUGCCGUCAGCUCGCUCACCGACCGCUUCCUCGAUCUGCUCGAUCCGAUCGCAGACCGGUGGCGGCUCGCGCUCGCACCGGCGCUGCUCGCGUUCUUCCGCGGCUGGCCGGCGCUGGCCGAGCCGUGGAUGGCCGACGAGGCGGCUCGGUACCUCGUCUCGUUCGCCACGGACGACCGCGCCGGCUACGUCUUUGCCGACAACAAGCACAACACGGCGCUCUACGACGACGAGUACGCGGUCGAAGCGUUUACGAAUCCGCUCGCGAUCCGCCUCAACCAGCACUACUUUACGGGACCGUCGGCGACCGCGCAUACCGGCACCCACGUCCGUGUCUGGGUCGCGUUGGACGUGCUCUCGUUCUUGGCCGCGUUCGCGCCGGCCUUCUUGUCGGUGUUUGCGGCCGCAUGGCUGCCGCUCCAGCUCCGUCGGCCCAAGAGUGUGCGCACGACGCUCUAUCCCGUCGUCACGCGCUUCCACGACCACGUGGGAGAUCGUAAGGAUGUGUUUGUGACACUGGCAGAGGCGACCUUGAACGCGCUGCCAACGCCGGCGGACGACGACGAUGGCGUCGAGCUGCUCGACUAUGCGCUGCCGGCGCUGGUGCCACCGCAAGCGUGCUGCGACACGUUGUGCGCGGCGUUUGCCCAGUUUUUACGCGACCCGCUCGCCGACGAGUACUGGGGCGAGCUCUGUGCGAGUGCGAAGCGCAUCAUGCGCGCGCACCCGACACGCUUGCACAUCCUGCCGCUCGAACACAGCGACUGGCAGAGCUGCCGGCUUGUGGGCAAGAUCCACCAAGCCGGGCAGCUACCGCUGGUCGAGCUCAAGGAGCGGCUGAAGCGUCGCAAGACAGCCGACGCCGAGCGCAGCCGCGUCCGCGCCGUCUCGGAGCUCAUGGCCAUGGCGCGCCAUCGAGGCUGA